AUGCUCGCCAAAACCAUCUCUACUAUCUUCAUCUUGGCCACGCUGGCCCUCGCCGUCCCCGAGUCCAGCGAUGGCAUCGACGCACGUGACCCCGCGCCCUUCGUCCCCGCCAACGGUCCAGUCCCGGCUGGGCGUCAGAGCAAGAACCGCCGCUUGUCCUGGGACGAAUUUUGCGCACUCUGGCAGAACCAGAACUGCGGCCACUCGUGUAUCUUCUACAGCUCGCUUUGCUGCGACCAGGGCUCCGGCGCACACUGUGACGCGUAG